AUGAAGGCUGUGGAAACUCUGAACAAUGACCUGAAAGUCUUGGACUCGGAGUACAACAAGUUGUCGGAGCACAUGGCCAAGGGAGAACGGGAUGAUCAUUCCAAGGAGUGCACCAAAGUGGCCGCGACCGAAGCCAAGAUUCGGUCCGCAAAGCGGCACUUCAAGAAGGUGGUGGUCAAGGAUGAGGUCGCAUUGGCAAGUCAGCCAAGCGCUUCGCGGCCAACGUUGGUGAAGGAGCCAUGUGCUCAGAUACUCGUGUCCAUGCACAACAUCGCCGAAACCCUGAUGGUCAACGCAAGACUUGGGAGGCCAGCUGCAAGAGCCAAAUCCUCACUGCCCAAGCUGUGGCCCAUGACGUUGGGCAAGAGACGGCGGCCAGAAUUGGGGUGCAGCAGUGGGCACGGUGUAGUGAAAGAAACUCUGAAAGAGAUGUUCAAAAAAUAG